AUGAAGCUACAUGCAAAAAGACCACCGCGAAUUUCCACUAUCAGUACUCCUGUCAGUACACCACGGCAGGAGGACCACACUACGACCGGUGGAUUAGUCCUUCCCAGAACACCAGCACCAUCAUUCCCCUCAAUUUCUCUGGAACCGGCUGAUUACUCGAAUGAGCAAUCCAGGUUCUUUGGCCAAUCUCUCCUCGCAAAUCACUCUACGCAUGAAUCUGAAGAUCUGCUCGAGUGGCUGAUGCCGGAUUUUCAAAACAGUUCAUCGCUGCUAUUGCCUAUCGUCUCAGAUAACUCCUAUCCGUUAAUCUCGGCAUUGACUUGUUUACGGUCCGUACCCCCCGUGGAGGACGGCCAGGAGAACUCAGGCCAGCAUGCAGUGCAUGAACUUCACAAGCUCAUUGAUGACCUAUCGAAGAGACUUACCAAUGAUCUGCACAACACGGGAGUUACCCCGUCUUUCGUGGACACAUGUCUGAGAGAAUACUUCAGCCGAGUAUCGCCGUCUUUUCCAAUACUUCACGAGCCUACGUUCUCCGUGCGGGAGUGUAUCUCCCCUCUCUUGUUGAAUAUGGUUGCUCUGGGUUCCCUCUUUGCAUGUCUCCCUGACGCCUCGCAGCAAGGAGAAAUGCUGUGGAAAUUAGGGCAUACCGCCGUUGCAACCUCGUGGCAGAGUCUGAUCAAACUACGAGGGCCGCGGGACCAGUGUGAUGGCAUUCAGUUGGUUCUCACGGCUCUUCUGGGGCAGACAUAUGCAUUGCUUUCCAGUAAUACUAGUAUCAGGACAACUGCGUUUGUUUUUCAUGGAUUGGGUUUCUAUUGGGCCAGGACAUCAGGCAUGUACACAGUGGACGAGCUUCAACUAGGAGAUAUACCUAGCUUGGAAGCAGAGCCGGCGGUUAAAGAAGCCGCCUGGCGUACCUGGGUGGCUGCAGAAAUUCAACGGCGAGCAACACUCGGGCAUUAUGUUCUGGACGGGCUCAUCUCGCACGCAUCAGGCUCUGCGGCCAGCGCUCGUCAUCCCACCAACAAAAUCGCGGCCGCCUGUUCGGACGCUGCAUUUGCCGCCGAGACAGCCGAUGAAUGGAUCAUUCAAAUGGCGGCAUUGGACCAUGCGCAGAUUUCAUUCUCAGAUUUAUUCAUCGAAUUCUGCGCGAAGGAUUACACCAAGGCACCACCACUACAACUCUCCCGACUAUCGAUCAUGGUCCUACUCGAAGGCUUACAAUCAUUAAUCGCGGAGUUACACGACAUUAACAGUCCCGCACUGGGAACAAUCCCAGCCUCCCAGCUCAUCCAAGGUCUCAUGAACAUACAUGAAGGCCAUCUCAGCACAUCCCGGAGCGUCGAAUCCCUCCAGACUCUGAUCCGCUGGCACGCAGUGUGCAUCGAGCUUUCCACCCCAACCAUAUCCCUCUACCGUCGUAUCUGCGACGCAUAUGACGUACCGCAAGUCCUGAGUGGUAUCCCCGUUCGAGGAUGGGCACGACCCUUCGACCUAGCCGUCUGGGCCCAAAGUAUCGACGCUUUCCGCGCUGUUCUUCACUCCGUCUCCAUAAUCCGUCUUGUUAACGAGAUUCCCGGCGGUCAUGCCCAUGCAAUUCAUAUUCCUGGCUGCCUCUUCUCAUCGGCUAUGAUUCUUAUAGCGGUUCACCUAUGGAAUAAGGAGAAAGUUAAGAUUCCUAAGGAAUGGCGAUGGCAGGAUGUGUGGGUUGGUGUCUUGGUGGGAAACAAUACCGCCGGCGAAGCCCAAUCAAGGGAGAGCAUGUCUGUUCCAGCUUCUGCACAGACACGAGUAUAUGCAUCUCCCGAUCUGAUUGAUUUCACCGGUGCCAGGGAAUUACUUAGCGUGUUGAAUCCGACUGGCACGAGCGAGGUAAUGACCGAGGUGAACUUGAUGCAAGAAGUGAAUUCGGUGCAGAUCAGUUUGAAGACUGUUGCUUCGCGAUGGGGGAUUUCGGCACAGAUGGAAGAGAUAAUUGGUCGCUUGUCGAUGCUACCUAGGCAGUAG